GCACUAGCGUUUCCCAGUACUUCCAAGAGAAGCAGCGGCUCACUAUUAGGAACUUUGCGUGCGACCUAUGGCACACAACUAGCAGGGUAGGCUACUCCCUGACCAUUUUUAUUAACCCCUACGGUGUAUGGAAAGUGCUCCUGGAUGGACCUGGGCGACAACAGCUGGUCCAUGGUCAAGCGAGAAGUUUCCAGCAGCCCAGGGUCGCCGGCUGAGCAGACCUACCUGCCCGGUGACAGCAGGCGGGACGGUCCCACCUCGGAGGAGCUGAGGACGCCUCCGAGCGAGCUCGACGCGCUGGGCCACCGCCGCUCCGACGGCAGAUCUCUACACUCCUACCUUCACUUCGGACACCAUAACAACACCCUGACCACUGCCGAGGACAUCCCGCUGUUUACGGAUUUAGACCAGGGGAGCAAACUCGUCCUCUCCACCGGAGCGCACAAGGCGAGCUUGCUGGUGGACCCGUCCGACAUGUACCAAACACUGGCCAUCGCCGCAGCCCAGAGCCAGACUGGAUAUGAUUCCUCCUCUGGCGGUUAUAUGCACUCCAACCCCAACUCGCCCGUGUACGUCCCCAGCACCCGGGUGGGCCCCAUGAUCCCCAGCCUCUCUUACCUGCAGGCCAGCGGCUCUGCUCAGCCCAGCCACGCAGUCUCCAGCCACUCGGUGUGGUCUCAGUCCACCCCGGAGAGCCCCUCGUACAGCACCGGCAGCCCGCACACCUCCAGUCGUUUCCACUACCCUCCCAGCCCGCCCAUGAAUAACGGGGCGCCCAGAGACACCAGCUACACUAACACACUGAAUGUGGGCAGCAGGGACCAGUACGGCCUCUCUCGCCCUCUCAGCGGGACCUACGCCAGUCCCUACUCUCCCUACGUUGCGCCCCAGCUGCCCUCGCCUUGGCCCGCGGGACCUUUCGAUAACACGAUGCUGCACACCUUGCAGAGCAGAGGUGCGCCCUUGAUUCGGGGACCAAACGGAGUUUCAGAUAUUCUGGACGACAUGGGGGAGAGCAGGGAGUGCGUCAACUGCGGCUCCAUCUCCACGCCGCUGUGGAGGCGCGACGGCACGGGACACUUUCUCUGCAACGCCUGCGGCCUUUACAGCAAAAUGAAUGGGCUGAGCCGGCCAUUAAUUAAACCACAGAAACGGACGUCAACGUCCAGAAGAAUCGGCCUCUCCUGCGCCAACUGUCAGACCAGCACGACCACUUUGUGGCGCAGGAACGCGGAGGGAGAGCCGGUGUGCAACGCGUGUGGCCUCUACACUAAACUACACGGGGUACCUCGGCCGCUCGCCAUGAAGAAAGAGGGAAUCCAGACAAGAAAAAGAAAACCGAAAACUCUGAAUAAAACCAAGGGAUCCUCUGGAAAUAACAACUCUGUCUCUAUGACUCCCACGUCCACCUCUUCAUCCAAUUCUGAAGACUGCUCGAAAACCAGCUCUCCCUCUGGACAGGUGUCCGGGGUCAGUUCGUCUGUGCUGUCCAGCUCGGGGGAGGGAGCGGGCUCGGGCUCGGCGGUGAAGUACCCGGGACAGGACAACCUGUACACCAGCGUGGGCUUGACCCAGUCAUCAGAUGUAGCUUCAGUGAGGGGGGAACCCUGGUGCCCCAUGGCCUUAGCCUGAACACCUCAACCUGCUGGGCGGACCGACAUCUCCGGCCCCUUCCGUCUGGAUGCUGUGUGGUGUGGAAGGAUUUGGGGGCGAUGUUUGUUUCUUCCCUCUCAGCUGAUGCAGGAAGAGUCGGACAGGGGAGGGAAAGAGAGAAGAGCGAGACGGCCUUCAGUGGCAGAACGAGCUUGAACCGAGCAUGGAAUAUCUGGGAUUGGGCUCCAGGUUGGUGUGGGGAUCUUGUUGCCUUUAAAAACAACAACAACAACAACAACAACAACAACAAAGGGAAACGCCAGGCCAGAUGAUCAAUUAGGUGGCCUGCUGUGGAUGGUUUCUGGACCUGUCGUGCACUCAGUCUCUGUCCCAUCCAUGGCACAGAACCAGAUCUGGGUUCUUUAAAGAAAGCCAUCGUGUACAUAACGGAUUUCCUGUUUGAAGAAAAAAAGCUGUUGAUUGGAUACGAGCGCUCCGUAAAGCGCUCUUUUACUCUUUAAGGACAUUUAGAUUGCUGUUUCUUUUUUGUUUUUGUUUGUUUUGUUUUCCACAACUGGAAUCAUGCCAUAAGUGCCGAGACAACUUUUAUGAAUCAAAAGAAAAAUAUUUAUAAAUCUUCCAUUGUUGAAAACAUGGCUAUGAUUGUUAAUAAAGAUAUGGAUAUAGAGUA